AUGGCAGUCAGCUUUAGUAGUCAGCAGGCGGUAUCUAUUAGGACACUCGAAGUUUCCUCGCUUGGCCCAUGUUACCGCACUUCUUCGCAAUGCUUCGUUAGUCUUGCGUCACGCAAUCUCGCGUCCAGGUUCAGCGAAUCCCGCGUGUCUGUUUCAGUGCCGUCGCCCAGCUCGGCUCCCACCUCUUCCGCCACCCCCGUUCCGCCUGCGCCAGACUUGCUCCGCCUCCGCGGAGCCACGCGCGCAGCUUCUGGCGCGCAAUCCGCGCAAAGUAGAAGCGGAAGACACGCGGAAGCUUUUGAUUCAGGAGUGAAGGAUGGACGGGACGAGCGGAGGGGACGGGGAAUGGCGAAAGAGCGUAGCGGCGCUGCUGACAUGGGCUCUUCAGAUAGGCUGUUAUUGGAUCAGCAGCAGCAGCGAUGGGCUGACGUGGCAGCUGACAUGGACUUCCUGACUAGGACGGUUCGGCUAGUGCAGUGGUACCCAGGGCACAUAGCCAAGGCGGAGAGGGACCUGAAGGAGCAGUUGCGGUGGGUUGACGUGGUGAUUGAAGUGCGCGACGCCAGAAUACCGCUCGCCUCCACGCACCCGCAGCUGGACGAGUGGAUAGGCGGCAAGCCCAAGGUGCUGGUGUUGAACCGCGAGGACAUGGUGACAGCAGGGGACAGAAAGGCGUGGGCGGAGUACUAUGGAGGGCAGCAAGAUGUUGCUGGCUUCUGCUUCACUGACGGGCAGCAUGGGUCGGGCGUCCUGAAGCUCACUCGCCAGGCCAUGAGCGUCAGCAAGGCCAUCAACACUCGGAGAAGAGACAAAGGACUCCGCCCGCGCGCGGUGCGGGCGGCGGUGGUGGGAUUCCCCAACGUGGGCAAGUCAGCAGUAAUCAAUCGUUUGCUCAACCGUCGGGUCGUCGCCAGUGCUCCCAGGCCAGGGGUCACACGGGAGGUCAAGUGGGUGCGGCUGGGAGAGGGCCUGGACCUGUUAGACGCGCCUGGCGUGCUGCCAGCGAGAAUAGCGGACCAGGCAGCAGCGGCACGGCUGGCCAUGUGUAACGACAUUGGUGAAGCUGCUUAUGCUGUUGCUGGUGUGGCCGCCAUUCUCGUGGAGCUGCUGAAGAGACUCCCUACUGCUGGCCCCCAUGUGCUGUCCAACGGGUACAAGGUCAAAGCAGACAGUUUAUCUGGCGAAGA